AUGUAUGCUUUCUCUCUGGGUGUUCAACGAAUUGGCGAGACUCUCCCUGAACCUGUUUAUCCUUUGCUAUCUGGGCUAAACUCAUCGACUGUGGGAAUAAUUGCCUUAGCAGCAGUACAGCUGGCAGAAAAGGCCAUCAAGGAUAAGUUGACCCGCAUCCUGGUGACCCUUGGUGCUUGCGCCGGCCUAUGUUACAAUGCAUUGUGGUAUUUCCCAUUGCUCAUGGCCGUUGGUGGAAUAGCCACUGUUGUCUGGGACGGGUGGCUGCAUCAGAAGAUCCGGAGCCUUCGGCUGAAUCGGAAACGAAGAAAUACCCAUCCUGAAGCUGCCGAGGAAACAGUAGCGCCACAGAGUCUUCAGACAGGAGACCAGCAAGGCCAUGGCAAUUCAAGCGGACCAGAGGACAGUACCCAAAUAAGGCCGCGCAGGACAAACGCUCCCGGCGGAAGUAACAUACAAUGUGACCAAGCAGGUCUCCUCACGAACCCAAAUCAAUCAGCGGAAGCUGAUAAUCCACAAAAGCAUGUUAUCCGGCUCAGAUCUGGCAUUAUAAUCACUGUAUUAUUCUUUGCAUCCUUUAUAGCUGUGCUCGUGACCAGAGGCGUUCUUCGCACCCCACCCCUGGCUCUUGACCUUUUUGCUAGUAUGUACCUUGCCGGAACCGUGAUCUUCGGUGGUGGUCCUGUUGUUAUUCCACUUUUGCGAUCAUAUGUCGUAGAUCCCGGUUGGGUAUCAGGCAGAGAUUUCCUCCUUGGUCUCGCUAUUAUCCAGGCAUUCCCUGGCCCAAAUUUCAACUUUGCUAUUUUUCUCGGUGCUUUAGUGCUACAGAAAUCACCGUUGCCUACCAUAUUCGGUGCCAUUCUCGGUGGAUUGGGAAUUUUCUUGCCCGGCAUCACUUUGGCUGUUGCGGUCCAGAGCUUCUGGGCAGUGUUGCGAAAGAGAAAAUGGGUUACAGACUUCCUUCGGGGGGUUAAUGCAACCGCAGUUGGCUUGGUUUUUACCGCAGUUUACCGUCUAUGGGAGAUUGGCUACCUUACACCUCAAACCACCCGUGGACAAAGCUUGGGCAAGGAGCCGUGGUGGGUCGUUAUCGCGGCGGUGACUUAUGUUGAGAGCGCAUGGUUUGGUAUCCCACCACCAGUUGCAAUUGUAAUGGGUGCAGUCCUCGGUCUUUGCUGGUACGGUGCUGUUGGACGGUGA